GUUAAACACAAUGAUUUUCAAUUUAUUUCUUCGGAUAUUAAAAGAAUUGAUAAAUUUAAUUCAAAUUAUAAUAUAGACUUAAGCAAUAAUGCAUUGUAUAAAAUUUAUUUAGCACAUUAUAUUCGUAUGUUGCAUUUAAAUAACAUGGAAGAAUACAUUCCAAAGUCUUGGGUUUAAUGGCAGAGAAAAAAUUUGUUCCUUAUUGAAAAAAUGUUUCUUAGAAGCAACAUUCGUCGAUAGGUAUCACAGAAAAUUAAAAGGCAUUAAAAUAAGCUGCAACGCUUCUUAUUUUUAUCCAAUUUUGCUUAUUUUAAUCCAUUUUGGUAUUAAAAUAAGCAAAAUUGGAUUAAAAUAAAAAGCGUUGCAGCUUAUUUUAAUGCCUUUUAAUUUUCUGUGAUAUCACCGAUAGAUAAGUGUGUGUUGAGGGAGGAGAGUGACACUAGUAGUAACGCUGUCUAUUUUCUCUCUCUUCGACGUGUGACUAUAAUUUGUUAUCAUAUCUGUAUUGUUUGGACCGAAAAUAAAUAAAAAUUUAGUUUUCAUUUCAUAAUUUACCAACCGUCAAACUGGAUACAAAUACAAAAUGUUAAUUUUCAAAAUUUUAAGUUUUUUUCUACUUUUUUAUAUUGCCAACACAAAACGGGACACAAACUGGAAUAAAGAGGAAAUUGAAAGGACUGUGAAGCCAAGUGUUAUAAAAUUUGAAAAUUUAUGGAGAUAUGUAAAUUACAAAGGACCAUUUUUUCACUACAAAAAUCAUUUUGGAAUAAUAAUUAAAAAAGACACAUCGUUUACUCUAACGAUAACAACUUUAAAAAUUGUUGAAAGAUUAAAAUUUUUCUGUCCCACUGAAAUAUCAAAAGAAUUCAUAACAGUAAAUUUUGCUGAAAAGGGAAAUAGUACAACUGAAUUAACAACAAAUGUUGACUGCGUUCCACUAUUAUCAGGUUCAUACAAUGUACCAGUGGUGGUAAAAAUUAAAACUAAAAAUUGGGCAGUUUUACCUAUUUUUGAUUCGAGAAAUUUAACUUUUCUCACUUCACACAAAGCUGAAAAUGAAUUUUACAAAAAUGUUCAAACCUAUGGUUUUGUUGAAAAUUAUUACACACAAAUGUUAGUGUCAGCAAACGAUAUUAAAGAAAUAUUAUCAAAAAAUUUGAGUUUAUUUAUUGCAUUGCAAAAUCAAGUGGAUGUAAUAAAAUACUACAAUUAUUUAACAAGUUCUAGUCGAUAUGUAGAUAAAAAUGAUUCACUAUCAUAUUAUUUAAUAAACAAGCAGCGAAUUUUCUUUCGUACAGAAAGGCAAAAUAAUGCACUUGCAUAUGCAGGCAGUAAUUGGCUUGAAUUUACCUAUGGAUUAGAAGAUGUUUUACAACCAAUUCGAGCUGAAGAGUGGGUUUUAUUACACGAAAUCGCUCAUCAAUAUGAUAUAUCGGUUUCGACGCAUGGUUUUGGACCAACAGUUGAAAUAUGGACAAAUAUUUAUCCUGCCUUCUAUCAAAAUAAAUUUAUCUUGAAGAAUUAUUGGGUUAAAUUUUCAGAAUCAGAUAAGAAAAAAUUUAUAUCAUUUUAUCAAAACAAUGUUCCUUUUGAAGAGUGGGGUCAUAGAGAAAAACUACAAUUUUUAUUGAAUUUAUUUGCCUACGAUGGUACUGAUAAAGCAUUUACAGAAUUUAAUAUUCGUUACUAUUCAAAUGAAUAUGUCAACAAGGACUGCAUAAUUCCAUUAAUUUUAGAAGUAUUUUUCGAUCUUUACAAUAUAAAUUUAUUGCCAUUUUUGAAAAAAGUGAUCAAUUUUAAUGUUACACUACCUUUAGUAUAUCCUGAUUUAGAAGUACUACUUUUAUCCGCACAUCCUGUAAUGCCUGCUAUUGAUUUUAAUCAAAAGUCAACAGAUUUAAAAAUCAGAAGUAGAGAAAAAGAUUGGCGGCAAUCUUUACCUUUAAUGUUAAUGCGAAAAAUGAAGAAAAAAUAUGUUGAUGUUACUUUUAUCAUUGAAUCAUCAAUUGAUCCAAGAAAUUUUUGCCUUUAUUUGAAUAACAAUUGUCACAAUAUUACUGAAAAACUAAUGAAUAUUAAAUUACAGUCUGAUGUUUAUUCUAUUUUUUUAGCGAAAGAAACAAAUGGAACACUUUAUAUUAGUGAUGUGGACUAUCACAUUAUUUCCCAAGAAACAAAAAUUCAUUUGAUAGUUAAAGAAAUUAAACAAAGUGAAAUAUUUUUACCUUUAAAUUAUAAUCAUUUUGAGGCCCUAGGUAUUGCUGACUGGUGUUUUGUAAACCUAUUUAUAAACUUUAAAACUAUGACAAUAAGAAUAAAACAAGGUUAUAGCGAUAUUCAUUAUGUAUUUGAAAAUGAAACAUAUUUUUCGAUAAGUUUAGAACGAAAUGGUUCUUUUAUUUUUGAUUACAAUAUAUUCGGCGGUCCGAAAAAUGAUAAACCACUUGUAAAUGUAGAACAUAAAUUUAGAGUCAAUGAUAAAAUUCAUAUUUACCAUGUAGAACCACAUCGUCUAAGGUUUAAUUCAAAGCAAUAUAAUAAUUUGAAAAAUAAUACUUUUGUCCUGACAAAUAUAGGUUUAAAAGAUGUUAAACACAAUGAUUUUCAAUUUAUUUCUUCGGAUAUUAAAAGAAUUGAUGAAUUUCAUUCAAAUUAUAGUACAGACUUAAGCAAUAAUGCAUUGUAUAAAAUUUAUUUAGCACAUUAUAUUCGUAUGUUGCAUUUAAAUAACAUGGAAGAAUACAUUCCAAAGUCUUGGGUUUAAUGGCAGAGAAAAAAUUUGUUCCUUAUUGAAAAAAUGUUUCUUAGAAGCAACAUUCGUCGAUAGGUAUCACAGAAAAUUAAAAGGCAUUAAAAUAAGCUGCAACGCUUCUUAUUUUUAUCCAAUUUUGCUUAUUUUAAUCCAUUUUGGUAUUAAAAUAAGCAAAAUUGGAUUAAAAUAAAAAGCGUUGCAGCUUAUUUUAAUGCCUUUUAAUUUUCUGUGAUAUCACCGAUAGAUAAGUGUGUGUUGAGGGAGGAGAGUGACACUAGUAGUAACGCUGUCUAUUUUCUCUCUCUUCGACGUGUGACUAUAAUUUGUUAUCAUAUCUGUAUUGUUUGGACCGAAAAUAAAUAAAAAUUUAGUUUUCAUUUCAUAAUUCACCAACCGUCAAACUAGAUACAAAUACAAAAUGUUAAUUUUCAAAAUUUUAAGUUUUUUUCUACUUUUUUAUAUUGCCAACACAAAACGGGACACAAACUGGAAUAAAGAGGUAUAUAUUUAAAAAAUUGGAAUAUUUUUACAAAAGUUCAUUAAAAUAAUUAAAAUAUUCUAGUCAUUUUGCCUUUGAUAUUAGUUUUUUAAAUAUUAUAUUGUAUGUAUUAUAAAUUUUUUAAAUACUCGACUUAGAAUAAAUUGUAAUUUUCUAUAGUAAAAAAUAGUAUAUUACGAUACUAGGCCAGAAAGUUGGAUUUCCUGGCGGGCGUGAAAUAUAAGGCCGAGGCGAAGCCGAGGCCUUAUAUCACGCUCAGCAGGGCAUCAAACUUUUUGGCCGUGUGUCGUAUACAAUUUUUCUUUAUCCCCACUCGAAAGUACGUUUAAUAAUUAUUAUUUUUUAAUAAAAUGUGCAUUAACCAUGUGUCUACUGCUGUGGCUCGCGUCAACGCGCCCUCCCGGCCACGUAGCGAAGCUUGUAGCAGAAGGCUUAGUUACAGAUGACAGGUAGCCCGCCCGACUUUUGCAAAGCCGAGGCGAAGCCGAGGUUUUGCUGGUCGGGGCGGGCGUCAAAAUUAUAUGAAAAAUAUAAAUAAAAUAAUAUAAUAUAAUUUGUCUUAUUUGGUUACUUUAUGCUUUACAUUUACAUUUACGAUUUUUAUUUUUCCUUUAUUACUAAUUGAGAAUAGCUUUCAUGAUUUUUUUUUCAAUUUUCUCAUCAAACCAUAUUUACGAGAUAUAAAUUUUUCAUAAUUUUUAGAAUUUUAAUUGUUUUAUUAUUUUUGAUUUCUCAAAACACUUAUUUA